CCUGAGAACCCCGCGCGGCCGCGGUCCUUCGGCCCGGGAACCAGAGCGCUGUCUACACCGACUCAGCUCCCAGCUCACCGCUGCAGCCACGACGCCCAUUGAUCAGCUUACCUUGGUGCAAGGGUGAAGAAGGGGGAAUCGCAUUCCCCUAAAAACGCCUCCAGGGCGCGCGGAAGGUCGUGGAGGACCAGGAGGAGGCGGCAGCGGAGGAGAAGGAGGCGGCGAAGGCGUCUGACCGGCCCUGUUGGAGCGGGGGAACGAGCAGGGCGAGCCAGGCGUUGCGCUACUCCCGGGCGCUCGCACAGCGCGGCCGGCUGGACCCGCGGGGGGCCGCGGCGGCCGGCUGCGGGCCGCGUCCUCGGCACCAUGGUCCGGCGGCUGUGGCUGCUCUUCCCAGCCGUCUUCCUGGAGAUGCUCCUUCUCCCCAGAAGCCCCGGCAGGAGAGCGCUGCUGGCGGGAGCCUCGUCUCAGCGCUCGGUGGCCAGAAUGGACGGAGAUGUCAUCAUCGGAGCCCUCUUCUCCGUCCACCAUCAGCCCCCGGCCGAGAAGGUGCCCGAGAGGAAGUGUGGGGAGAUCAGGGAGCAGUACGGCAUCCAGAGGGUGGAGGCCAUGUUCCACACGUUGGACAAGAUCAACGCGGACCCCUCGCUGCUGCCCAACAUCACCCUGGGCAGCGAGGUCCGGGACUCCUGCUGGCACUCGUCCGUGGCGCUGGAGCAGAGCAUCGAGUUCAUCAGGGACUCCCUGAUUUCCAUCCGCGACGAGAAGGACGGGUUCAGCCGGUGCCUGCCGGACGGCCAGCCGGCGCCCCCGGGCAGGACCCGGAAGCCCAUCGCGGGCGUGAUCGGCCCGGGCUCCAGCUCCGUGGCCAUCCAGGUGCAGAACCUGCUCCAGCUCUUCGACAUCCCCCAGAUCGCCUACUCGGCCACAAGCAUCGACCUGAGUGACAAAACUCUCUACAAGUACUUCCUGAGGGUUGUCCCCUCCGACACCCUGCAGGCGAGGGCGAUGCUCGACAUCGUCAAGCGCUACAACUGGACCUACGUCUCCGCGGUGCACACGGAAGGGAACUACGGGGAGAGCGGGAUGGACGCCUUCAAGGAGCUGGCGGCCCAGGAGGGCCUCUGCAUCGCGCACUCGGACAAGAUCUACAGCAACGCGGGCGAGAAGAGCUUCGACCGGCUCCUGCGCAAGCUGCGCGAGCGGCUGCCCAAGGCCCGCGUGGUUGUGUGCUUCUGCGAGGGCAUGACGGUGCGCGGGCUGCUGAGCGCCAUGCGCCGCCUCGGCGUGGUCGGCGAGUUCUCGCUCAUCGGCAGUGACGGAUGGGCAGACAGAGACGAAGUCAUCGAGGGGUACGAGGUGGAAGCCAACGGGGGCAUCACCAUCAAGCUGCAGUCCCCGGAGGUGCGGGCCUUCGACGACUACUUCCUGAGGCUGCGGCUCGGCACCAACACCAGGAACCCCUGGUUCCCCGAGUUCUGGCAGCACCGUUUCCAGUGCCGCCUGCCCGGGCACCCCCUGGAGAACCCCAGCUUCAGCAGGGUCUGCACAGGCAACGAGAGCUUGGAGGAGAACUACGUGCAGGACAGCAAGAUGGGCUUCGUCAUCAACGCCAUCUACGCCAUGGCACACGGGCUGCAGAACAUGCACCUGGCGCUGUGCCCGGGCCACGUGGGGCUGUGCGACGCCAUGCGGCCCAUCGACGGCAGCAAGCUCCUGGACUUCCUCCUCAAGUCCUCCUUCGUCGGCGUGUCCGGGGAGGAGGUGUGGUUCGAUGAGAAAGGGGAUGCUCCGGGAAGGUACGACAUCAUGAAUCUGCAGUACACAGAUGCAAACCGCUACGACUAUGUCCAUGUGGGAACCUGGCAUGAAGGUGUGCUGAACAUCGACGAUUAUAAAAUCCAGAUGAACAAGAGCGGAGUGGUCCGUUCCGUGUGCAGCGAGCCGUGCCUCAGGGGCCAGAUCAAGGUCAUACGGAAGGGGGAGGUGAGCUGCUGCUGGAUCUGCACGGCCUGCAAGGAGAACGAGUAUGUGCAGGACGACUUCACCUGCAAAGCCUGUGACCUGGGCUGGUGGCCCAAUGCCGACCUCACAGGCUGUGAACCCAUCCCUGUGCGCUACCUCGAGUGGAGCAACAUAGAAUCCAUCAUCGCCAUCGCCUUCUCCUGCAUGGGCAUCCUGGUCACGCUGUUCGUCACCCUCAUCUUUGUGCUGUACCGGGACACGCCCGUGGUCAAGUCCUCCAGCCGGGAGCUCUGCUACAUCAUCCUGGCCGGCAUCUUCCUGGGCUACGUGUGCCCCUUCACCCUCAUCGCCAAGCCCACCACCACGUCCUGCUACUUGCAGCGCCUCCUGGUCGGGCUCUCCUCCGCCAUGUGCUACUCCGCCCUGGUGACCAAGACCAACCGCAUCGCGCGCAUCCUGGCGGGCAGCAAGAAGAAGAUCUGCACGCGCAAGCCCAGGUUCAUGAGCGCCUGGGCACAGGUGAUCAUCGCCUCCGUCCUCAUCAGCGUGCAGCUCACCCUGGUGGUGACCCUGAUCAUCAUGGAGCCCCCCAUGCCCGUUCUGUCCUACCCCAGCAUCCAGGAGGUCUACCUGAUCUGCAACACCAGCAACUUGGGCGUGGUGGCCCCGCUGGGCUACAACGGGCUCCUCAUCAUGAGCUGCACCUACUACGCCUUCAAGACUCGCAACGUGCCCGCCAACUUCAACGAGGCCAAGUACAUCGCCUUCACGAUGUACACCACCUGCAUCAUCUGGCUGGCUUUCGUGCCCAUUUACUUCGGGAGCAACUACAAGAUCAUCACCACCUGCUUCGCGGUCAGCCUCAGCGUCACGGUGGCCCUGGGCUGCAUGUUCACGCCGAAGAUGUACAUCAUCAUCGCCAAGCCCGAGAGGAACGUCCGCAGUGCCUUCACCACCUCCGACGUCGUCCGCAUGCACGUCGGGGACGGCAAGCUGCCCUGCCGCUCCAACACCUUCCUCAACAUCUUCCGGAGAAAGAAGCCAGGGGCCGGGAACGCCAAUCUCACAUUCUCUUUCUAUGGGGAGCUACAGGUCCUCUUUGUUUUCACUCCUUUGAGCAAAGAGCAUGAAGCGACCGACAGCUGAGCACACCCAGACUCCCCAGAAGCCACAGGUUCAGCCCUGCUGUUGACUCUUUCCUUCCAUGUGUUUCCUCUCUCCACCGGGCGUGGGUCGGAGAUGCAAACACUACCUUUGGUCGCUAGUUUAGACCACAGUGGAAGAGUUUCUGAUUUAUUCUUACCACUCUGGAGCCACA